GUUUUAUUUUCAAAAAUGGAUUCUUUUGCUCAAGAUUUUGAGACGAUGGUUUCAUCACCGAUGUCUGAUAACAGAAGUGGAACUGGAUGUCCGGCGAAUUUUCCAGAUGAGGAUGUUGUGUUGGCUUCGAGUUGUCCGAAAAAGCGAGCGGGGAGGAAGAAAUUCAAGGAGACACGGCACCCGGUGUUCAGAGGAGUGCGCCGGCGGAACUCCGGGAAGUGGGUUUCUGAAGUGAGGCAGCCUAAUAAGAAGUCGAGGAUUUGGCUGGGGACUUUUCCCACUGCGGAAAUGGCGGCGCGUGCACACGACGUGGCGGCUAUUGCUUUGAGAGGGAAGUCAGCUUGUCUGAACUUCGCGGACUCAGCUUGGAGGCUUCGUUUGCCGGCUUCUACCGAUCCAAAGGAUAUCCAGAAGGCGGCGGCAGAGGCGGUUGAGGCUGUUCAAGUGGUUGAGCAGGGAGAUGAAAACACGUGGAUGGGGUGUGAGAGCGAGUUUUAUUUGGACGAGGAGGCGGUUUUGGGGACGGAAAGGUUUAUGGCGAACAUGGCGGAGGGGAUGAUGAUGUCGCCGCCUCGGUUUGGGUUUAACGUGAAGGAAGCAGAGUUUGAUUAUGUGCGUCUAUGGAGUCACUCCAUUUAAAACCAGUUGUGUUUCACACAUUUCAAGUACAAAUAGGAGCUUUAGUAUACAUACAUAUACCCCUGCAGUGUGACA